AGAUGCUAUCAAGUUAGUUAGUAUGUACUAUAGAUUUCAGAUGAAAGGUUCUUUUGAAUAGCACAAAAAGAUAUUUCAUAAUCUCAUUGUCAGUAGCCAGAGAUAAUGCAUCGCACGUUUGAUUAUGUCCGGGAGUGAUUGUGAGUCUGAAGAAAAAGCUAAAUUGGCAUCGAGUCCUCUGGAUACAGCAUUUAGUUCCACAUCAGCAUCUUGGUAAAAUUGAUUAAGCAGAAAGGAAAUAUUAUAGAAGGCUUACAAAAGAGCUAUAACAGAGCACAAAAAUAUAUAUAUUGACGAAAUAAUUAGUAUAAACUUGUAUAAAUUUGCAACAUAAAAUUAAUUUAUAAUCAUGUCGACCGAAGCGUUUUCUGGCAAAGUUUUUUUACUGAUAACCGGAGCAAGCCGUGGUAUCGGUCGGCAAAUUGCGAUAACAUUUGGUUCGCUCUUAGAGGAAGAUUCUCGUAUGCUUUUAUUAGCGAGAGAUAAAAAUGCGUUGGAAGAAGUUGCUAAACUUAUCCCUCCCAAAAUAAAAGUUUGUACCAUUAAUGCAGAUUUGAGUAAAGCAACUAAAACCGACUUUGAAAGAUUCAUAUCGGAAUGUUUGUGCGGAACUCCUUGCAAUGCAUUCGAUCGAUUGAUCAUAAUGCAUAAUGUAGGUGCGCUGGGUAAUAUCACUCAUACUACGAACAAGAUGCUAGAUAUCGACACUUGGAGACAACAUUACGAUCUGAAUUUAUUCAUACCUGCCAUAUUAAACGCGGUGAUCAUGAAUACAUUUGAUGAUAAAACUAUCAAGAAGAUGAUUAUUAACAUAACUUCCUUAUUUGGUAUUCAAGCAACCAAAGGCUACGCUUACUACUGCUCGGUGAAGGCAGCACGGGAAAUGUACUUUAAGGUUUUUGCUUUAGAAAAUCCCGAUGUUAAUGUAUUAAGUUACGCGCCAGGAGCUGUCGAUACUGAUAUGUUGAAUUUUGCGUGUGAAUUUUCUAUUGAUUCCGAGACUAAAGAGUUCUUUCAUGAGAUACGAAAAAUCACGUUGACCCCAGAGCAGACUGUCAAUCGUCUUGUGCAAGUUUUGAAAGAACAAAAAUAUAAAUCGGGCGAUCGUGUGGAUUAUUAUGAUAAGAUAUGAAGUAUAGAUAUGAAGAACAACAAGUUUUGUUAAGACGUAAAAAAUAAUUAAAAAAGAUAAUUAAUAUUUUUUUCUUUAUUAGCUUUUUAAGCAGUCAAAAGCUGUAAUUAUUAUUGUUCAGCGAAAGCAGCGCGAGAAAUGCAUUUUAAGAUAUAAAUACAUUUUCUCAUCCACACAAAUUCGAAAUAGAUAUAUAUAUAUAGGUUUUUGCUCUAGAAAACCCUGAUGUUAAUGUAUUAUGUUAUUCACCGGGAACCGUUGAUACAAAUAUGUUUAAUUUCGCAUACGAAUCUAAAGUAUAUUGAUCCCGAUACUACGAAAUUUCUUUACUACCUGCGAAAAACAAUAAUUAUUCCAGAGCAGACUGUCAAUCGUCUUCUGCAAAUUUUGAAAAAGUUUAGGAAGAUAAGAAAUAAAAAGAAAAUAAAA